AGCCCCAGGAGGAGUCCCCCGGGACCCCCCGCGUUCCCCCGCCGGACCCGCAGCGGGUUCACUCCGCGCCGGAGCUCGUCAGGCCCCUGCGAGCGAUGGAGCGGACGGACAGACCCCCCCAGAGCGGGGCUGACUACGGCUUCCUCGUGAGCCAGAACACGAAGCUCCUGAGUGCCCUGGAGGACCUGCGGCACCGCUGCUCCAGCCUGGCCGAGGAGAACAGCCUGCUGCGCAGGAGCUGCUUCCCCCAGACGGAGGAGAAGGUGAAGCACCUGAAGAGGAAGAACGCGGAGCUGGCGGUGAUCGCCAAGCGCCUGGAGGAGAGAGCCCGGAAACUGCAGGAGGCAAACCUCAAAGUGGUCACUGCUCCAGUGGCUCUGAAGGGCUCCAGCCUGGAGCUGUGUAAGAAAGCCUUUGCCCGCCAGCGUGCCAAGGACCUGACAGAGCAAGCCAGUGCCCUCCUGGCCAAAGACAAGCAGAUUGAAGCUCUGCAGCAGGAAUGCCGGGAGCUGCAGGCUAAACUCUCGGCAGGGAAGGACGACCCUCGCUGCCUCAACGUCAUCGAGUUCGACCGCCUGCUGCGGGAGUCCCAGCGAGAGGUGUUGAGGCUGCAGAGGCAGAUUGCCCUCAAGAAUUUCAAGGAGUGCCUGCGUCCCCCCAAAAUGAGCCCAGGCAGUGCCAGGCCGAGCACUGCCCCACGCCUGGGACCGAACACCGGCAGCAAAGGUUCACCUCUGCCAAAGGAGGCCUCCUUGGGAGACCCGGCGCUGGGAGGGAGAGCUCGCAGGGAGGUGGAACCAGGUGUGCAACCACUGGGACCUGCCUCUGAAGGACAUGAAAAUUUCCCUCCCAAAAAUGCAAUAACAGGCCAAGAGACCAGAAAACAGAUCCAGCACCUGGAAUUUGAACUCAAGAAAAAGCGCAAAAAAUGUGAAAACCUUGAGCAUGAAGUGAGGAAAAAGCAUAAAAGAUGCAAAGAACUAGAGAUCCAGCUGCAGGAGGUGCAGAGUGAAAAUGCACGACUGGCCGAGGAGAACUUGCAGCUGAACGAGAGGGCUGGAUGGGCAGGACAGGUUGAAUCUGAGAAUGCUGACCUGAAACUGCAGGUUGUUUUGGUGACCAAGGAACGGGAUUCAGUGAUUCAGACGAACCAAGGACUCCAAACCAAGCUGGAGAAUCUAGAGCAGGUGCUGAAGCACAUGAGAAAUGUGGCCGAGCGCAGGCAGCAGCUGGAAGUGGAGCACAGGGAAGCCCUGCUAGUCCUGCAGGAGAAGCAGGAGGAGGUCCGGCGGCUGCAGCAGGCACAGGCAGAGGCAAGAAGGGAACAUGAAGGAGCAGUACAGCUUCUAGAGGCCCGGGUGAAGGAUCUGGAAGAUCAGUGUCGCAGUCAGACAGAGCAGUUCAGCCUCCUGUCCCAGGAGCUCCAACAAUUCCGGCUCCAAACGGGAAAAAUCGACCUUCUCACCUCCACUCUGGUGACUUCAGAGCUGCCCCUUGCUCUGUGCAGCUCCACCCCACAGCCCCCCUGGGAGAAGGAAUCAACUGUUCCUGGGUUGCUCCCUCACCAGAGCACUAAGAAGGCUCACAAUGAAGUUGCUGAGGAGUUGGAGUCAUCCCUUAGGGUGCCUGACACCCCUGGGGGCUCCCCAGCUGCUCCCACCAGUGCUCAGAAACAAGCCAAGAAAGUGGAAUCUCAGUCCAGCUCUUCGAAAUCAGAGUCCAUGCACAACAGCCCCAAAUCCUGCCCAACUCCAGAGGUGGACACUGCAAGUGAAAUGGAAGAGCUGGAUGUCGACAGCAUCUCCCUCAUGCCAGAGCCAGGCAGCCAAGGCCCUGCAAAGCUCCAGGUGUUCUUAGCUCGAUACAGCUACAAUCCUUUUGAUGGACCUAAUGAAAAUCCAGAGGCAGAGCUUCCACUGACUGCUGGAGAAUAUAUUUACAUCUAUGGGGACAUGGAUGAAGAUGGCUUCUUUGAAGGGGAGCUGAUGGAUGGCCGGCGAGGGCUGGUCCCCUCCAAUUUUGUUGAGCGGGUUUCAGAUGAUGACCUCGUGACGUUUCUGCCUCCGGAGCUGAACGAUCUCACCCAUAGCUCAUACCAGGAGAAAAGCUUGGUCAGUGCAAGCACCAGCAGUGGAGAUAAGAGUGAUUUCUCCAUUGAAGAGAGUAGCAUCAGCCCGCUGGCCAGUAGAGCAGAAGGAGACCAGGAGGAGCCCGUUAGUCACACAGCAGUGCCUUACCCACGAAAACUGACUCUGAUCAAGCAGCUUGCCAGAAGCAUAGUUGUAGGCUGGGACCCACCUCUUUUGCCAGCUGGCUGCCCAGACAUACAAAGCUACAACAUCUAUGUGGAUGAAGAGCUACGUCAGAACGUGAAGAGUGGCCUUCAGACCAAAGCAGUGAUUGAGAAGCUGGACUUGCAGAGCAAGGCCUACCGCGUGUCCGUGCAGGCGGUGACCGAGCGCGGCAGGUCCGACAGACUGCGCUGCACCUUCUUUGUGGGGCAGGAUUUUGGGGUGGCACCCACCAUGCUCAAAGUCAGGAGUGUCACUGCCACGUCAGCAGAGGUCACGUGGCUCCCUUGCAACAGCAACUACAGCCACGCCGUGUACCUCAACGGGGACCAGUGCGACGUGACCAAGCCCGGGGUCUACUGGUACACCUUCCACAACCUGCAGCCCAGCACCCAGUACGUGGCCAAGCUGGAGGCCAGGCCCAUGAAAACACCCUGGGAAGAGGUGCCUGAGGGGCAGGAGCAGGACUCAGCUGUGAUUCACUUCACUACCCCACUAGCAGGCACACCUGAUGCUCCUUUGGAUGUCCAGGUAGAAGCUGGUCCCUCUCCAGGUAUCCUUGUUAUCAGCUGGUUACCUGUCACCAUUGAUGCCGAGGGAUCUUCCAACGGGGUCCGAGUCACCGGCUACGCCGUGUACGCCGAUGGACAGAAGGUGAUAGAAGUUACUUCUCCAACAGCUGGGAGUGUCCUGGUGGACCUGUCCCAGCUCCAGAUGUUCCAGGUGUGCCGGGAGGUUUCGGUGAGGACGAUGUCUCAGUACGGGGAGUCGGUGGAUUCAGUUCCAGCCCAGAUUUCCUCGCUCUUGCUCCGAGCCUAUCCCUGCACUUCACCUGCCUCCACCACUGUUACCUCCAGGCUGCCCAGGGGCGUUCCCAGGGGCUCCCUGCCUGCCCACAGCCCAUCCACACCCCCCACUCCUGCGCUCCUGCUCCGACAGAACAUUCCUGCUGAGAGCUCAGAUGCCAAAUUGACUGAUGUCUCCUCCGGCCCCGCCGGCCUGGCGCGGACUCUGCCAGAGAAAGCCUCCUCAGCACCACACCUCUCCUCUCCCAGUGCUCCCUUGGUGCAGGAUUUGGGCACUUCCCCACAGGGAUUGGAUGCUGCAGGAGACAAGAAAUGCCUGUCUGUGCCUCCGCAGCAGGCUGGGAACACAGUGCUCCAUGGGGAGGGCCCUGCCAGGGAACCAGGAUUACAAGGCCUGGGAGAAGGCACAGAGGUGCAGAUGGAACAAUCUGGAUCCAAAGCUCCAGAGCUGGAAGGCCCCUCUGACAGCAGUGUGAAGCUCCAUGUGGAGACCUGCUCCGUGGAGGAGUCCCCCAAAGGUCCCAGUGCUGACAGAGAGGAGGCAGAGGAGAAGCACCUGAGCCCAGAGCCUGUGUCCUCACCCAGCCAGGCUGAGGGGACACAGGACACCUUCCGAGACGGGAACGCGGGCGGGAGCAGCUGCAGGUUGUCUCCUGGCAAGGAGGUGAUGAAAGAAAUGUCCAGAGUGAAAAGAGAGCAAGAAGAAAAACUGGCUGAAAUGGGCCGCCGGCAGCUGACCCUGUUCUCUGAGCACAACCGGAGUUCUGAGCUGUCAGAUAUUUUGGAAGAGGAGGAAGAAGAUGAACUGUCUUCAGAAGCUCUGGAAGACAAGAAAUGGGACCAGAGUGAGCCAUGUAACCAGGAGAAUGGGGAAAAGAUGGAUCUUUGUGAUACUGACAGCGAUGAGGAGAUUCUGGAGAGGAUACUGGAGCUCCCGCUUCAGAAGAACCACAGCAAGAAGUUGUUCAGCAUCCCUGAAGUGACUGAGGACGAGGAGGAAGAGGAGGAUGAGAAGUGUGUGACAGAAGAAAAGACAGACCCUCAAGAUUCCUUGGAAACACAGACCUACCAUUCAGGGAGAACAGAGAAGCCUCCCAACAGCAAGGAACCAUUUCCAAAAGCAGAUGGGAAUAACACCUCUGUGGUGUCUGCUCAGACUCCACGGGAGGAGCAUGGUGCUAAGGAGAGCAGAGGGGAUGCUGACCAUGCAAACCCUGCCUUUGGCCAGCUGGCCUGGGCUCAGAAGAAGGCAAACUGGAAUUGGGGCUACCAGGAGAACGAUCCGAAGCCUGUGAGUGGAGCAAUUCCCUCUGGGAGCAAGAAGAAGGGAAAUAACUACCGAGAGAAGAUCCGGAGUCGGCCUGAGAUGGGUAGUGAUUUAACAGAGCACUGCAGUCGCCUGCUGGGCAACUGCAGCCAGAUGGGCAGUGGGUUGUACAGAGCUCCCAGCCUCAGGGAGGAGCUCAACGUGGUCAGCAGUGCCGGUGGUAAGGAGGGGAUGGAUCUGUACAGCCGUGCCAGACAAGGCACCCUAAGGAAAAAAACCCCAAAGGCGGCGGGUUCAGGGGGCACAGAACCUGCCGUGAUGGCCCCGCGCUGCUCCAGCCCCAGGAGCCUGGAGAUAGACAUCGAGUACGACUCCGAAGACGAUCAGGAUUCGACCUGUGCUUCCUCCCCUGAGAGCAGGCUGUGGCCAGAGAGGUCCCAGAGCUCUCAGGGCGACUGGAGUGAUUGCUCCAGUCAGUCUGAGGCUCCCCACACGGAUGGCAGAAGGGACCUGACCAGGCUGGAGGUGAUGGAAGAGCAGGGUUUGGAAUGGGCCGCGUCUCCGAGCCGGCGCGUGCGGUUCUUCCACCGGGAGAAGGAAUGUGAGAGCAGCUCUGAGGAGCAGGGCUGGGAGCUGGACUGUAAGUCACCUGGCUGGAGAAGGAGGCUCGAACAUCCUUCGAAGGGGAUACGUAGCACCUCCUUGCACAAAAGGGCAUCCAGUAAUAAAGAUUCCAGGGGCCCGGAGCUGGCCGGCACGGCCGCCUGGCAGGCUCCCAGCAGGAGACGGAGCAAGAGCGUAAGAAGAAGCCAAAUGCAGAAACCUUUGCUCUCUAGUGCAGGUCCUCCCAGGAGCGCCGCUCCCGAAACCUCUGCCAAGGAGGAUGGCAUUAGGAUAUUUGUGGCUCUCUUUGACUAUGACCCUGUCUCUAUGUCUCCUAACCCUGAUGCAGCAGAAGAGGAGCUGCCAUUUAAGGAGGGACAGAUCCUGAAGGUGUGUGGAGACAAGGAUGCUGAUGGCUUUUACAGGGGUGAAUGUGCAGGAAGGGAGGGAUACAUCCCAUGCAACAUGGUCUCAGAAGUGCAGGUGGACAAUGAUGAACUCAAGAAGCAGCUCCUGAAGCAAGGAUUCCUGCCUGCUGACACAGCCACGGAGAGCCAAGCAGGGCUGGAUAAGCAGGAGAAGUACAAGUUUCAGCCAGGACAGAAACAGGAAGACAUUGAAGCAGAACUGCUGACUCCUCGCAGGAUGGUGGCUGUCUUUGACUAUAACCCCAAGGAGAGCUCUCCAAACGCAGAUGUGGAGGCUGAACUGACUUUCAGUGCUGGGGACAUCAUCACUGUGUUUGGCUCCAUGGAUGAUGAUGGAUUCUAUUAUGGAGAGCUGAACCAACAGAGGGGGCUUGUCCCAUCCAACUUCUUGGAAGCUGCUCCUUCAGAUGGAGACGUGGGGGAGGAAUUUCACUCAAAAGAUAAAGAAGCUUCUCCUCUGAGUGCUGAGAGCCAGCUGAACCCAGAUGGAUGUGUUGAUCAGAGUGACUCCUCACCAUCUCCUCCUUCUCCACCACCUUCCUGCCUUGUCCCGUGCCCAGAGCAGGCGUCGCUGCCCCUUCUCACCCGCAGCGACAGCCCUGGGCAGAGCAAAAAGAAGAGAAGCUUCUUCUUCAGAGGGAAAAACCUCUUCAAAAAACUUGGGUCCAAUAAGAAAAACUAACAAGGGGGGGGUUAUUCUGCACAGAGACUGAGAGUUCAGGAGAAACCCCCUGCAAUAAGCUGAUUAUUUUCAUAGGGAAGAAGUGUGACUUGAGAAAAUCGUGGAGUGGGGGUGGGAGCUGUGCCUGCUGAGAGCCCCCCCAGGGGGGCAGUGGCUCUGGGGGUGUGAGGGCUGAGCUCUGGGGGGGUGCAGCUCCCUCCGUGCGCUGGUCCCCUGUAAAUAUUUUCAUUUCAGAAUUCUAUUCUGGCUGUAAUUUAGCUAACUGGCUUUUCCCAGCAAAGCCCCUUAGGAAGAGACCCCCUUGUACUCCACCCCCUGGUAUUUCUCUGCUCCAAAGGAGCUCGUGGCAACUCCUUCACUUCCCGCAAAGAAAAGUUGCACUUUUCUGUUCCCUGACUCCCCUUUGCUGUCUCUGGGCUGACGAGUGAGUUCUGAUUCGUACUGUAAACUGUAAAUAUGCAGCUGUGCCUAGAGCAUCCCACACUGCCUCAGUCAGGAUCCAGCACCAGGACAUUCCCAUGGAGGAAGGAGCAGUGCCCUGCUGGGAGUUGGUCCUUCAGCCUCUGGCUUGGGCUGCUGGAAAGCUGCUCCCGCCUGGUCCACCUUGACCACGGCCUGGCUGGGGCCUCCGCCUUAUGAUUUAUUUAUUUAUCAGAUUAUUUAUGGGUUUCUUGAGCUCAUUAUUUAUUUCUCUAUUUAUUUAUUUAUUUGGUUGGUUGUUUAUUUAUUUCUUUCCCGGCCGCCUCUUCCCACGGUUCCCCUGGGUUGUUUUCCAGGCUGCUCCGGAGCCCGGAGCGUUGGGAAGAGCGGGGCUGGGGGAUGGAUGGAGAGAGUUUGCAGCUGUUUUCCUGGGAGAUGCUGUGCUCCUGGAGUUCAGACACAUCCCUUUCCAAGCCAGGAAGGGUUUUGUACCACAUGGUUCCUGCCCUUUCCCGUGUUUCUUCCGUUGCAUGUUCCAGUUCCUUGUUUUUGGAAGGUGAGGUACGUGGGUGGUGCCAGCACAGUGUCCACGAGUGGUGGUGGUACAGUUUGUUUUUAUUUAAUAUCAAAUUUUAUUAUAAUAAAGUCUAUUUUCACAAAAAUACAUUUUCCUU